CGUGCAGUGUGGGGCGGGCCAGGAGCGAGGAGAGGCCUUCCUCCCUUUGUGCUCCCCCCUCCUCUCCUGCCCCCGGGGCCCUAUAAAUAGGCCCAGCCCGGGCUGUGGCUCAGCUCUCAGAGGGAGUCGAGCACCAGGCAGCGGUCUCAAGCCAAGCCCCCUGCCAGCAUGGCCAGCGAGUUCAAGAAGAAGCUCUUCUGGAGGGCCGUGGUGGCCGAGUUCCUGGCCAUGACCCUCUUUGUCUUCAUCAGCAUCGGUUCCGCCCUGGGCUUCAAUUACCCGGUGAAGAACAACCAGACAGCAGGUGCCUCCCAGGACAACGUGAAGGUGUCACUGGCCUUCGGGCUGAGCAUCGCCACCCUGGCCCAGAGCGUGGGCCACAUCAGUGGCGCCCACCUCAACCCGGCCGUCACGCUGGGGCUGUUGCUCAGCUGCCAGAUCAGCAUCCUCAGGGCUAUCAUGUACAUCAUCGCCCAGUGCGUGGGGGCCAUCGUGGCCACUGCCAUCCUCUCGGGCGUCACCUCCUCCCUGCCGGACAACUCGCUCGGCCGAAACGAGCUGGCCCCCGGUGUGAACUCUGGCCAGGGCCUGGGCAUCGAAAUCAUCGGCACCCUGCAGCUGGUGCUUUGUGUGCUGGCCACCACUGACAGGAGGCGCCGUGAUCUCGGGGGCUCGGGCCCCCUCGCCAUCGGCCUCUCUGUGGCCCUGGGACAUCUGCUCGCGAUCGACUACACAGGCUGCGGCAUUAACCCCGCCCGGUCCUUUGGCUCGUCAGUGAUCACUCAUAACUUCAAGAACCACUGGAUUUUCUGGGUGGGGCCAUUCAUCGGGGGAGCCCUGGCUGUGCUCAUCUACGACUUCAUCCUGGCCCCGCGCAGCAGUGACCUCACAGACCGCGUGAAGGUGUGGACCAGCGGCCAGGUGGAGGAGUAUGACCUGGAUGGCGACGACAUCAACUCCAGGGUGGAGAUGAAGCCGAAAUAGAGAGGCCCUGGCCCCGGGCACCCACGCGGGGGCAGGGCAGGGGCGGGCAGAGGGAGGGGAGGGGUGAAAUCCAUGUCUUAGACACUCUGACAGGCUGGCCACCGUCACUUCCCAAAGAUCCUCCAGAACUGCGUGGUCAAGCCUGAUUUGGGGCUGUUUCUGUCACUUUCUUUCUCUUUCUCUGUUUCCUGGCCUCUGGGCUUCCUGAGGACCAAGAUUUACCAACCACUCACUCCCUUGAAGUCACGGAGGAAGUGAAAGAGAGGGACCCACUCUGCUAAGGUGUCCCCUCAGAGUGUGAUGGAAGGUAUGCCAGAAAAUCCCUCUCAUCCCAGAGUUGCUCAACAGCUCACCUGCUGCAGGUGUCUGGGGCGCCACCGUUAUUGCUUUGUGCCUUUGGGCGUGGCCCUCCUUCUUCCCAAACAUGCACUUUGUCCCCAAGGGUGCUUUGAGGGGAAGAGAUCCCAGGAGGUGCAGGGGUGGGGGGCAAGUGGCACACAGGCUUCAUUCUUGCAGUUUGGCUUGCUUCUGGCUCCACCUGCACCCCCCACCCCCCAAACUCGCUGUACGACCUUGGGAUCGUCCACGUCUCGGGGCCUCAGUGACCCCAUCUGUAAAGUGGCAGGGUCAGGGAGAGCCAUACGGGCCUGAGGCCUCUCUGUUCUGUAAGUGUAGAUACUCCGUGGGUUCUAGAAGAUGUAGUAUGGGGCAGCCCUUCUUCCACUUGCCCUGGUUCUUUCCCAAAUGUGUAGCUAUCGUAGACACCUGUGUGAACACAGGGACACAUGCAUACAUGUUUCAAAGCAGAGGCAGUCCAGGCCGUGAGAAGGGCUCCCAGGGGAGCAGGGCUGACCCCCCCACGCAGUGGGGACAGGGUCUGCUAUCACGGAAUGAGGCCGGCGGGCGCGCAAAGGAGGAAUACCCAUGUUCUUCACUGAGCUUUAGUUGACCUUUCUCACCUGUCGUUGCAUCAUCUUGAUCACCGUUCGGUUCUCCACUUCCUCCUGCCGGUGUAGACACAGCUCAUGCUUAUGCAGGUGUGUGUUUCUUAAAGGGCAGUUGGUCGUCUGAAGCCCUAAGCCUGAGGACAGGUGACCGUGGUGCGGAUCAGCACACAGAGGCGAAUGGGCUUUGCUGGACUCUUAGCGGGGUUUCCAAGCCCUCAGCUAAUGACGAGGGGAGAGGAGGAGCAGAUCCCUGCCCCCCUUAUUGCUAAACUCCUGGUUGGAGGCAUUUGGGCAGCCGGGAGACCUGCACAGGCUCCCUGUGUCACCCCAGGCACAGCCUUCCCUUGUCAUUUACCUGGAGGGGACAGUCAGCCCUGGCCUGAUGAGGUAGCUUACCAGUGCAGCCCAGGGACAGUUCAGAGUGCAGGGUCUGCUUCAGGGGCAGCCAUCUACCUGGUCUCUUCAAUCCCACAGGGCCAGAGCAGGUCCCCCGGCACGCCUGGAGCCACGAUGGUGACAAAACCCAAGUGAUUCAAUCUGCAGUUUAUCCCAAAGCAGCAGGACAACCAGGUGACCCUUAAUGGUCACCAACCCGUCACAACAUCUACACACUCCAUUCCCUAGCAGGGACUUCUAGCCCUUUUAACAGAUAAGGAAACUGAGGCCCGAGGUCCCACAGCUAGUUAAUGAUUUGGCCAGGCCUGGCAACCAAGGCCAUGUCUCUGGCUACUCCUUGGACCGUGAGACUGACCCCUCUUAUUCCCAGCUGCUCGGUUUCUGCCUGGGCGGUGGUUAGAAGCCAGGAGGGGUGAGGGCUGUGCUGGAGGGGAGAGGGGGCAGACCCACUUCCUGCCUGGUUCUCACUGCUGCAUACCAGACUCUGCAUCUGUCUGCUCUGCAUAUAUGUCUCUUUGGAAUUGGAAUUUCAUUAUAUGUUAACACAAUAAAGGAAAAUGACUUGCAAGGUCA